GGAGAGGCAGGGAUUACAGAUUGGCUGUCGAGCUGUGCUCCUGAGACUGGGUCAGCAAAAGAGAAGGAAGUGGCCGACAAAUCUCACACAGGAAGUCACCUGGGCUGCUUAGCCCUUGAAGGAGCCACCCACCAUGACGCCCUUGCUCCUCUACCAACUGCUGACAGUUCUUCCAGUGAUUGCCGCCAAGAGUCCCAUAUUUGGUCCCCAGGAGGUGACUAGAAUGGAAGGCAGCUCAGCGUCCAUCCAGUGCUACUACCCAAACACCUCUGUCAACCGCCAUUCCCGGAAGUACUGGUGCCGGCAGGAGCCCAAGGGCGCGUGCAUAACCCUCAUCUCCUCCGGGGCCUUCGUCUCCAAGCAGUAUAUGGGCAGAGCUAAUCUGACCAACUUCCCAGAGGAAAACAGGUUUGUGGUGGACAUCAGGGACCUCACGCAGAGCGACUCUGGGAGAUACAAGUGCGGCGUGGGUGUCAAUAACCGAGGCUUGUCCUUUGAUGUGACUCUGGAGGUCAGCAAAGGUCUUGACCUCCCACCGGACACUCCAGUCUACACCGAGAAUGUGGGUGGAAGUGUGACCUUCCAGUGCCCUUUCAAGGUUGAAAAUGCCCCCUGGACGAAGGCCUUGUACAAGAAGGUUGGCGAUCAUUCCGUGCUAAUCAUUGACUCCUUGAACACGAACCCAUUGUACAAAGGCAGAGUAAACCUUCAUGUACCAGAUACGAGCCAACUACUGUUCACCGUCACCCUCAGCCAACUCCGUCCUGAUGACUCCGCAUUGUAUACCUGCAAGGCUGGGCAGGAAGAAAGAUAUGCUUAUCUCCAGGUGCUGAAGCCCGAGCCCGAGCUGGUCUAUGGAGACCUGAGGGGCUCCAUAAGCCUGGACUGUGACCUGGGUUCUGGUAUGGAACAGGUGCCCAAAUUUCUGUGUCGGAUAAAUGACAAGGACGGCUGUGACAUGGUCAUCAACACCCUGGGGAAGAAGGCACCAGACUUUAAAGGCAGGAUCCUGCUCACCCCCAUGGACAAGAAUGGCGUGUUCAGUGUGUUAAUCACAGGCCUGAAGAAGGAGGAUGCGGGGCAAUACCUGUGUGGCGCCAACCCUGACGGUGUGCUGGAGCCAGGCUGGCCCCUCCAAGCUUGGCGGCUCUUUGUCAAUGAGGAGACCAACAUCCCCCAAACUCUGUCUGUGGUGAAGGGUGUGGCCGGAGGCUCUGUGGCAGUGCGCUGCCCCUACAACCCGAAGGAAAGUAACACCCUGAAGUAUUGGUGCCGCUGGGAAGACAAUAAAAAUGGCAUCUGCCCACUCUUGGUGGAGAGUACGGGGCUGGUUAGCCAAGAUUACAAGGGCAGACUGGUGCUCUUUGAAGAGCCAGGCAAUGGCACCUACACGGUCAUACUCAACCAGCUCACCCCCAAGGAUGCUGGGUUCUACUGGUGUCUGACCAAUGGCAAUAUCCGUUGGCGGUCCACUGUGGAGCUCAAGAUUAUUGAUGCUGCAGGAAAACCCAAGCUACAGGUCCCGGAGGCUCUCAGCGUUUUGGAGGGAGAUGAUCUGAUGUUCUCCUGCAACUUUUCAUGCCAUUACUAUUCAUACACAAAAUACUGGUGCAAGUGGAGUGACACUGGUUGCCGGACCCUGCCCAGCCAAGAAGAAGGCUCCAGCCAGGAAGUUGUCACUUGCGACCUGAACAACCAGCGCAUUUCCCUAACCCUGAAAUCAGUCCAGAAGGCCGACGAGGGCUGGUACUGGUGCGGAGUGAAACAGGGCAACCGCUAUGGAGAAACUGCGGCUGUCUAUGUGACCGUAUUGGAGAGGAAAGAGAGAUUCCAUGACAUCAUCAGCAAAGCAAAUGCUGCUCCCGGUGGCGAGGUGGUGCAACCCAAUGUCCCGGAGUUUGGGAACAAAGCCGUUCUGGACCCCAAGCUUGUUGUGAAUGAGGAUUUUGUAGAGCCGGCUGGUGAAAGCAAGGUUGACGGCCAUCCCAGUACCGGCAGUGCUGGAAGACAAGGCGGGAGCUCCACGGUGCUGGUCUCCACCCUGGUGCCCCUGGCCCUGGUGCUGGCAGUGGGCGCUGCGGUCGUGGGAGUCCUCAGAGCCCGGCACAGGAGAAAUGUUGAUCGAAUUUCAAUUAGAAGCUACAGGACCGAUAUCAGCAUGUCCGAAUUGGAGAACUCGAGGGAUUUGGGCCCAAAUGACAACAAAGGCGUCUCUUCAAUCACUCAAGAGACAUCCCUAGGGACCAAGGAUGAUUCCACGGCCACCACAGGGGGCGCCGUGGAGAGCAACCUGCAGAGCGAAGACCCCAAGAAGGCCAAGCGGUCGUCCAAGGAGGAAGCCGACAUGGCCUACACUGCCUUCCUGCUCCAGUCCAACAACAUAGCCGAGAAUGUCCAAGCUGGCCCCCGCGACGCCUGAGCCGUGUGCCGCCUCCCUCCCUUGCCACAAUCACCUCAGGAUGACUCCGAUUCAUGUUGAUCGCGGGCCCUCAGCUCCAGGGGCUUCCUGCCGCCUGCACUCAUGCCUCCGCUAGACUUUCCUCUCUGUCCCCAGAGGCUGGGUGGUCCUCUCCUCGAUGGUCUGAUCGUGCUUGCUUGGGCAGAGUGGUGUGGGGACUGCACCCACCCGGAGCUCACGUAUGAUGCAUGCACCUAAGGUAUGGAAGGAGAGUGAAGAUCUCAGAGCUCUCAGAAAGAGGGGAGACUGUGAUGGGUCAGGAAAAGGUACCAGAAAGGAGAGUCCCUUAGUACUGACUGCUGUGCAUCCUCAUCAUGGGAUGCCGAUCAGAUUAGCCGCCCUUGCCUUCAGCCUUCCUUCCUUUCCUUCUCUCCUGUCCUGUAAGACAGGUCACAAGGCAGUGAGCCAUGAGAGCCAAAGCUCCUUUCAGUGUGCUUCGAUUCAAACUCUCACCACGCAGACCCAGCCCAUCUGUGCCCUGACUAAGAGGAACCAUAGCUAUCUGAAGUCCUUACAUAGAGGGUUCAUAUAGCACCCUACCUGUAUGCACUUCUUCUUACCAUUUUAAGAAGAGGAAGCGUGGGCUCUGAAGAGGUUUUCUCAAGAGCCUGAGUGGCGAUAAAACCAUGUCAAAAGUAGAUUUGGGGUCUCCGCCUGGGGCCUUCUACUCCCCUGAAGAGUUACAGUCUUGGAAACCCACAGGGCAGUCCUCCCCUGCCCUACAGAGUCAGCAUGGAGGGUCUGGUCCUUUCGAGUGGGGCUCACUCCACAAGAACCCCUACGUUGCUGGUGGAGGAGAAAUGUUCCAUUUAGAAUCAAAAGGAGAGAGAGGAAGGAGAGAUAACUGUGGAAGGACACUGACUAUCCACAGGCCUCCCCUCAGGAAAGGUGGCACUUUCCCUUUCGUCGCUCCCAUGGGCCCAAGCGAUGAAAGGACAGACAUGUACAACCCCUCGCAUUUGGAGAGCGCUGGGUGGAAGGGAAGACAAGAGGGCGUUUGUCUGAGACGGCCAAGGAGGCACUGAUGUCCAACGGGGGAAGUCUAAGGUCUUUCUUCCUCUGAGCUCUGUGCUUCAACUACCACCUCUCUACUGGCAUUUGCUAACAAAUCAAUUAAAA